CUGAUAAUGUGCAAAACAAGAACGUUGCUGAUAUCUUUCCGUACGAAGGCUUUACAGAUCCCACAGUCUCUCUAAAAACACAUAAAUAGAGAAGGACAAAGAACACUUUUUACUGUCUCUAUUACAGAGCAUACAUCUCAGCAGACUUGUAGGGACCGAAAAACUGCAAUUAUGAGUUGGAAGCCGCGUGUGAAGUUACUCAUGGAGAAAUAUGAGGCACGUAGCAGAGAGACUGAGGAUUCUUCAAGUAGCCGACCCAUGAAAAUCCCAAGACAAGACAUCCCCACAGGAUUACAGACAAGAAAAGCAGCACUUGAGAAAUUAGCAAAAAAAGGAAAUUUUGAGUGUUCUUCAGGACCCAGUGCCCCUCACAAACCUGUUCAGCCUAUGCCUCCUCUGGCAGUCAAGACUUCAAGUGAUGAUAAAACAGAAGAAGAUCCAAACCCACCACAUUUGAACACAGUGGCACAAAGGUUUGGUGUUCAGCUUCAGCCCACUAAGAGAGGAAAUGAUGAAAAAACUGGGUGCACUAAAUUCUCUAUCAAAACCAGUGACCCAUCAAAAGAGGAUCCAAAGCCUUUGAACCCAAAACCUGCAUGGAACAAAUUCCUUGCUCCUCCUGAUAAAGAAAAAAAUCCUCUGGGACCAAAACCUAAUUUAAAUUUUGCAUCACAGGAGAAUGAGGCAAAACCAGAAUUUUUAAAAGUAUCUGCAGUUAAGGGAAAAUUAAGGUCUGCAACAGAAGCAAAUGAGCCCAAGCCUCCUGCUUCUAAACCACCUCUUGCACAGAAACCUUCUCUAUGCAAUAGUGUAUCUCAGAAUGAAGACACUUCUAAUAAAAGUGGUUUUCUGCAAAGGCAGUCAGAACCUAGAACAAAUGUGCAUGCACUCCAAGAAGCAAAGGAAAUGGGUGAAAGUAGUAACUCUGCUGCAGAAGCUGCAGGCAGUCGUUUUCCUAAAAGAGUUCUGAAGCAUGCUUGCCACAGGUCCAGUUUAUCAAAAAAAGCCCCCGAAACUGUGGAAGAAAACACUGAAGAAAAGGGAAUAACUGCUGCCAAGAAAAUCUUCCAAGACAAAAUCAUCCAGGAACAAUCAAGGCCUUCUCAUAAAGUCCAUAAGAAUUAUACAGCACUUACUGCAGGAAGAUCAUCAGGUGAACCUCAAGAGAAAGGGGAUAGGGACGGGAGUUCCAGAAUGCCCAAACGGCAAAUCUUGCCCCCGUCAUUCAGGCUGGGCAAGCCCCCAAAAAAGCCCAGCAGACCCCCCAGUGUGCACCUGGGGAAAUUCCAGCAGAGCUCCCAAGAAAAGGAUACUAAAAGUGAAGGUUUGAAAAAGAAGGCACUUUCCUCAGCAGCACUUGCCCCACCAAUACCUCCAUCACAUUCUGCUGUGCAGUUGCCACCUCCUCCACCAGCCUCUCACCCAUCCCUGCAGGUGCCAGCAGCUCCCAGUCUCCCUCCCAGGAAUAUCAAGCCCACAUCUGAAACAAUAAACCUAGACAAUGAAGAAAAUUAUGAUGACGUUGAAUUUCUGUCAUCAGGUCAUAGAAAUACACAGAGGGGCCAAGAAAGUGAUGGAGAGAUGUAUGAAGACAUUAAUGACAUCAGAUCAUUAAGGGGAAAAGAGAAGAAGCGGGGCAAAGAAGAUAAGAGAAGAAUGGACCAAGAGAAGAAAGAACAAAAGGAAAAAGAAAAGAAAGAAUAUGACUUGAGGAAAAAGUUCAAAUUAACAGGACCCAUUGAAGUCCUUCAUCAGGCACGAGUUUGCGUUGACCACAAGGGAGGGAAGAAUGAACUGACUGUCAAACAGGGGGAUAAGAUUGAAAUCAUUCGCCUCACAGACACCCCAGAAGGAAAGUGGCUGGGCAGGAUAAAAGGAAACUAUGGAUACAUUAAAACAACCAUGGUGGAGAUUGAUUAUGAUUCUUUAAAAAGAAAGCAAAAACCAUCUACCAGAGCUGCUGUGAAACAUACAGAGAGUGACCAAGAAAUGUAUGAUGAUGUCGGAGAGCAGGACACUACUAGCAGUCAAAGUGGUGACCAAGGUGGAAGUGGAAACACGUUCCCACCUCCUCCUUCUGAUCAAGAUAUUUAUGAUGGAAUUGAUGAUGAAGAUGCUACAGCUAGGUCUGUAUCACAGGAUGAAGAUAAGAGUGGUAUCUGGCCCUGGGGAAUCUUGAAGAGGCUAAAGGUCAAAGAUGGCAAAAAGAAAAGUAUACGAGAAAAAACAGCCAAAGUCAAUGAGGCAGAAGAAAAUGAAAAUUUGUUCACGUCUUCUUCAACAAAGCAGUCUGGAAAAGAUUAUGGAGACAAUGUUUAUGAUGACGUAGAUUCUUCAGAUUUCCCCUCUCCACCAUCUGAUCCCAGUUCAUCAAAAUCAGGAAGCUUUGGAAAGCCUAAGUCAGAUGAAAAAGAUGCACAAAAGCUCAAGAUGGAAAAAGAGGAGAAAGAGUUCAGAAAAAAGUUUAAGUUUGAUGGGGAAAUAAAAGUUCUUUACUCUACAACCACAGUCCAGGAUUUGUCUCAGAAAAGAUGGGGAUAUAAAGACUUACAAAUUAAACCAGGGGAAUGUCUUGACAUUAUUGAAAGCACAGAUGAUACCAAGGUCCUCUGCAGGAGCAAAGAAGGAAAAUAUGGGUAUGUUCUGAGAAGCAAUUUGGUCCAGAAUGAUGGAGAGAUUUAUGACGAUAUUGGUGAUGAUUGCAUCUACGAUAAUGAAACUGAUGCUGAGAUAUUUUGAAAUAACAACUUAAUUGAAGAUCAAACUCUAGUUUGGAACCCCACUUGUGAAAGCAAGAGUCAUGAAUGCUGACUGCAAGUUAAUUGGUUGCUCUUUCAAAUGUACAAUUAACCUUUUUUGGGAUUUCAGCCUUUUGUCCUUCAAUGCUUUAUAAAAAUUUGUUUUCCCAUUUAUCUAAGCAUUUAAAAUUCAGGGAAUAUGAAAUAAAGUUAGGGAUGUAAUUUGUCACUUCCUUUCCACAUUUCUGACAGUCCAUGUAGAAACACUUCUUUAAUUAUUUAUUCCCAAAGAGGCCAGUUCACAUCUGUGAAGGGUCCUGAGGACAACAAUCCCUGGUUUUUAUCUAUCAAACAUCAAAGACAGCCACCAUAGGUAAGACAGUGUUCUGAAAAAAAAAAUGGUGAUAACAUCCUGUUGUGAAAAUAGGAAACCAAAACAAACAUCAGAGAAAGCAAUACAUCACUGACCUGCCAUUCCAACUGCAAUAGUGUUCACUACACUGACAUAUGCAGCCAUGUUCCAUUAUUGCAAAAGUCUCUUUUUAUGUGUUGUACUGAUGAUAGAAUUUCAUCCUCUAAAAUUUA